AAAGAAACUAGGGCUAUUGAUCUUCUAGUGUACCGCUAUGCGCCAUGUGCAUAGACUUUCAAUGUUUACAAGUUUAGGCAAGGUCCCACUUACCCUAAUUUCGCCAUUAGUACUCAUGCGGCCAGAAAGAUUAAAAGUUGAAGACGCACUCCACUCUAAUCGCAAUCGUAUCCUAGCGACUCUACGAUACAGUAAAUAGUUAAAUCGGAUGAACUAGGGCCCUUGCCCCGCGAGUUGCAGUCUGACGCUAUCCUUACUUGGGUAAUUAUACAGAAGAUAUUCCUCCAGACAUGUUUCUUCCUCAGGUUAACUUGAAUAUAGAAGUCUCACACUGUGUAGUCGUUAGUAUAGUAUGUUAUGAAGUCAUAACAUGAAAUAGCUUUAUGCUCUUCUAUAUAAGAUCAGUCGUUGGAUCCACUCACCAAAAGAUAUCAAACAUCUAAAUUGUCUUUGCAAAAGCACAUCAAGUUGCUACCAGUACUUCCUUGCUCAUAAUCGUAAUAUAUUCGUUCUUAAAAAUGACCACUCGAGUCCAUCAAGUAGUAUCCUGUUCAGUGCUGGUACCUGCAACUGAACAGAAUAGGCCGAGUCCUCUGGCAUCAUACCAUGCCCAUCUCAAGGCAUGUUGAUUCGUACCAAUCUUUACACACAAAGAUCUUGAUCGCUAACGUGUCGAAUAGUUCAACUGGACUCAUAGCCUGCCGUUUUCUACUGCCAUCUUAGGUAUCGGCUCAUUUCUCAAAACAUUGUACCUUUUUCCGAGCAACGACGUCCAGACCAUGAUUAUACCGGUAACCAUCAUCGGCUUCUUAGGCACCCUUACAGACUCUUACUCCACCAUUCCAACCCAUACGUUACUAGACACCGACAUACUUAUAAUGCACUUGCUUUCUAUUCCUCGAACCUUUUUAUGGGUUUACCUCAACGUUCUUCUUUUUGCAAUUUCCAAUCAGCGUUCUCCGAAAUCUGUCUUGGAAGACAGCAUUAACAAAUCUUGGAGGCCUAUUCCCUCUGGGCGUAUUACUUCCAGUGCCGCCCGCCGGCUUCUUUUCAUCUUGAUCCCUAUCGGUCUGUUCGUAUCGCACUAUUUUCUCGGGGCAUGUCAAGAGACAGUGUUAUGCUUGCUGCUUACUUGGAUGUAUAAUGACCUCGGCGGAUCUGAUGAGCAUUUCAUUGUACGAAAUGCCAUCAAUUCUCUUGCAUACUUUGUUUAUGGAUCUGGUGCACUGCGAGUAGCUGCCGGGACUUCUACAUCCAUUUCCGCAGACGCAAGUAUGUGGCUUGGUAUAAUCUCAGCGAUAGUCUUUAGCACUAUGCAGGUGCAAGACUUGAAAGAUCAAGUUGGCGAUAGAGCGACUAAUCGAGAUACCCUUCCUCUUUCGAUUGGUGACUCCUCAUGUCGAUAUACCAUCGUAUUUGGUGUUCUGACCUGGUCAUUGGCUGCCCCUCGUUACUGGUCUAUUGACCUUUUUACCAGUGGUUCCGCCCUUCCACUUAUUCUGGGACUGUUUGUUACCUAUCGGGUUCUUGUACACCGGUCGCCUGAGGCGGACACACAAACAUACAAAGCUUGGAGUGCAUGGUUGAUGUCCGUUUGCUUCCUACCCUUACUCCGAUACCUCCCGUCCUUCCACUUCUCCGUUCAAGGCGGCCUGGUCCUUCAAACAUGGCCAAAGCUUCAGACAAGCAUCAUACUGUCGAGUAUUAUUGCUUACGCCAUUCUUCGUAUACCCUGUCACCGCCGCUCCAUCCAACAUAUACGCCUAUUUGUCUCUACAACGGACUUCCUAUCCCACUUUUUUGCAAAAAGUACCGCUUCAAACCACCUUUCCAGUUGCACCAAUGAGGGAUAAGAACUUAAAGCACACCUUAAAUUCGGGAUCCCUACUUACUUCGUAGCGUCUACUACUUGGAGCCGCUACCUUUCGCCAUUUGCUUUCCGGUAUCGUUUAAUAUUCUUUCCUCUUCCAGGAGAUGGUCAAAGCAUGAUUUGUUGACCCUUUGGCUAUACACUUUCGGCUUUAAGAUCGAUUCCGGGAGAGACUAAUUGAGAUGGUUUUAAUAUGGGUUGAAGAUGCUGUGAAGAAAGAUGCUUCAUCGCGCGCUGGGUUCGCACGUAUAAUAUUUAAUUUGAAGUUGUGGAGGAGAAAGAUGCUUCGUCGCGCGCUUGGGUUUCCAAAUAUUAUAUUAAUUUGAUCAUGAAAUAAUAAUAACAAUUAAUGUCCUUAGACUUUUAUGUACGAGCUGGGAGGUAUACGAAUUUCUGUGAGAGGCUGCCAUAAAGGUACUUUAUACGCGUGUAUU